AACAAUAAAAUUAGUUAACAAAUCCAAAUUUUCAUACACUGUGAGCCAUAACAAUAAUUAAUAAAGCAAAACAAUAAAGAAUAAACCGCCCCUGGUAUCUUCUUCAAUACAAGUGUUCAUUUUCACCUCCCACUGUCUUACUCUAAACUAUUUUCUACUCCAUCACUUUCUCAAUAACACAAACUCAUAACCCUUUUAGUAUAUAACAACACCUUUAAAAACUUUACAUAAAACCAAACUAAACUUUUCACAUCACACUACACACAAAAAUGGACACAAUGUUAGGAUCUUUAGACUCAAACAAAUCAACAAGCAACGACGUCGUUUCAUGCACAAAACCAAACAGCACAUCCCCGAUCCAACCGUCAAUUCCAUCAACUCCUCUCUCAUCAUCCGACGCUACUCUCGGCCGUCACUUAGCACGGAGACUAGUUCAAAUCGGCGUCACCGACGUCUUCUCCGUUCCCGGCGACUUCAACCUUACACUUCUCGAUCAUCUCAUAGCUGAACCGGAACUUAACUUAAUCGGUUGCUGUAACGAGCUUAACGCUGGGUACGCUGCCGACGGUUACGCUCGAUCACGUGGCGUCGGAGCUUGUGUUGUAACGUUCACUGUUGGUGGUUUGAGUGUUAUUAAUGCUAUAGCUGGUGCUUAUAGUGAGAAUUUGCCGCUUAUUUGUAUUGUUGGUGGACCUAAUUCCAAUGAUUAUGGAACUAACAGAAUUCUUCAUCAUACUAUUGGGAUACCUGAUUUUAGUCAAGAAUUGAGGUGUUUUCAAACUGUUACUUGCUUUCAGGCUGUGGUGAAUAACUUGGAAGAUGCACAUGAGUUGAUUGAUACAGCAAUCUCCACUGCACUGAAAGAGAGCAAGCCUGUUUAUAUAAGCAUUGGAUGUAACUUGCCUGCUAUUCCUCACCCUACUUUCAGUCGUGAUCCUGUCCCUUUUUCACUUGCUCCCAAAUUGUCUAACCAAAUGGGGUUGGAAGCAGCAGUUGAGGCAGCAGCAGAUUUUCUUAACAAAGCAGUGAAACCUGUACUAGUUGGUGGUCCUAAAUUGAGGGUAGCAAAAGCAUCUGAUGCCUUUGUUGAACUGGCUGAUGUGAGUGGUUACGCACUUGCUGUGAUGCCAUCAGCUAAAGGGAUGGUUCCGGAGCAUCAUCCCCAUUUCAUUGGAACUUAUUGGGGUGCUGUGAGUACUGCAUUCUGUGCGGAGAUUGUGGAAUCUGCUGAUGCAUACUUGUUUGCUGGUCCCAUUUUUAAUGACUACAGUUCUGUUGGGUAUUCACUUCUUCUCAAGAAAGAGAAGGCGAUUAUCGUGCAGCCCGACCGGGUUGUGGUUGCUAAUGGACCUGCAUUUGGAUGUAUUUUGAUGAAGGAUUUCCUUAAGGCACUUGCAAAGCGUCUCAAACACAACAAUGCUGCUUAUGAAAAUUACCAUAGGAUAUUUGUUCCAGAUGGAAAACCUUUGAAGUCUGCACCAAAAGAACCUUUGAGAGUUAAUGUUAUGUUCCAGCAUAUACAACAGAUGCUGUCCAGUGAAACAGCUGUGAUUGCGGAGACAGGGGACUCAUGGUUUAACUGCCAAAAGUUGAAAUUGCCUGAGGGAUGUGGGUAUGAGUUUCAAAUGCAAUAUGGCUCAAUUGGAUGGUCUGUUGGUGCAACUCUUGGCUAUGCACAAGCGGUUCCCGAGAAGCGAGUGAUUGCUUGCAUUGGUGAUGGAAGCUUUCAGGUAACUGCACAGGAUGUGUCAACAAUGCUGCGAUGUGGUCAGAAAACCAUCAUCUUCCUGAUAAACAAUGGUGGAUACAGCAUUGAGGUUGAAAUUCAUGAUGGACCAUACAAUGUUAUCAAGAACUGGAAUUACACUGGAUUGAUUGAUGCAAUUCACAACGGUGAAGGAAAAUGUUGGACUACCAAGGUAUUCUGUGAGGAGGAGCUAGUGGAAGCAAUUGCCACAGCAACAGGACCAAAGAAAGACAGCUUAUGUUUCAUUGAAGUGAUUGUUCACAAGGAUGACACUAGCAAAGAGUUGCUUGAGUGGGGUUCCAGGGUCUCUGCUGCCAAUAGUCGUCCCCCAAAUCCUCAGUAAACUUCAGAAUCAGUCUAUUGUUGCUAGAUUGCUGAAAUUGCAAUCUGAUUCUAAAAAAAUUAAGAGCACUUUUAGUCGGAAUUUACUUUUAUUGAUGGAUUUCUUGUUUAUGUAACUGAGUCUACUUGUUUGUAUAAAUUCAAUUACUUGAGAUCUUGUUUGUAUAAAUUCAAUUACUUGAGAUAAAUGACAUGCAUCACUCUUUAUUUUGUAA